AUGGGAAAAAUGCUGCUCUGGGCCUGCUUGGCUGUCCUGCUGCAGGUGCAAGUAGGAUCAGCCUAUAAGCUAGUGUGCUACUUUACCAACUGGUCUCAGUAUCGCCCAGAACCUGCCAAAUUCUUCCCUAAGGAUGUGGACCCAUGUCUGUGCACACACCUGGUGUACGCCUUUGCUACUAUGAAUGAUAACAAGAUCGCUCCCUUUGAAUGGAAUGAUAUUGAUGUCCUGUACCCUCAGUUUCGAGCCCUGAAAGAACGCAAUGCAGAGCUGGUCAACUUGCUUGCUAUCGGUGGCUGGAACUUUGGCACUCAGAAAUUCACUGCCAUGGUCUCCACAGCUACCAACCGCAAAAUCUUCAUCUGCUCUGUCAUCGAGUUCCUUCGUCAGCAUGGAUUUGAUGGCAUUGACCUGGAUAUUGAGUAUCCUGGAUCCCGGGGAAGUCCACCUGAGGAUAAGCAGCGGUUCACCAUCUUGAUUAAGGAAAUGGUUGCUGCUUUUGAAGAAGAGGCUAAAGAAACAGGAAACCCCAGACUGCUGAUCACAGCAGCAGUGUCUGCCGGCAAGGGAACCAUUGAUGCAGGAUAUGAAAUUGCAGAAAUUGGAAAGCUCCUUGAUUUCAUCAGUGUGAUGACCUAUGAUUUCCAUGGUGGCUGGGACACUUGUACGGGACACAACAGCCCCUUGCAUGUUGGAUCUAAGGAUCAUGGUGACUUGCGUUAUUUCAACUGUGAAUUUGCUAUGAAGUAUUGGAGAGACAAUGGGGUUCCUGCAGAGAAACUCAUCAUGGGAUUCCCUACCUAUGGGAGAACCUUUAGACUCACCACGUCUGACACCUCAGUCUGUGCCCCAGUCUCUGGAGCAGGGUCAUCUGGUCCUUACACACGUGAGGCAGGCUUCUGGUCUUACUAUGAGAUCUGUACAUUCCUAAACGGAGCCACCACAUCUUGGAUUGAAGACCAAAAAGUUCCAUAUGCUUACAAAAACACUGAGUGGAUCGGCUAUGACAAUGCUGAGAGCUACAAAUAUAAGGUAGAUUUUCUGAAGGAGAACAACUUUGGUGGAGCCAUGGUUUGGGCUAUUGACCUGGAUGACUUCUCGGGAACCUUCUGCAAUGAGGGCAAAUACCCACUUAUCAGCAAGCUGAAGUCACUUCUGGGCCUGUCCGCAGAAUGCACCCCACGGGUCGCCAAUACCUUGUACGACAGACCACUGAAACCUAGAAGCGAAGGUUUCUGUGCCAAUGUUGGUGGAGGAAGUGGUGGUGAUGGAGGAAAUGGUGGAGGCAACGGAGACAAUGGAGGCAACAAUGGUGGUGGGGGCAGUGGAGGAGAUGGAAGUUUCUGUGAUGGGAAAGCAGAUGGUACCUAUGCUGAUCUUGAAGACAAUACCAAAUUCUACAAGUGUGUGGGAGGGAAGACCUUCUAUUUCAGUUGUGCCCAAGGUCUGGUUUUUGACCAGAGCUGCCAGUGUUGUAAUUGGCCAUGA